AUGUGCGGCUCUGUCUCGGGUGGCACAGACACAGACACAACCUCUGCUCUGAACAUCAACAUCACCAACAUCAACAUCAACAUCAACAUCACACAGCACCCCCACAGACAGACAAUACAGACACAGAAUACAGACACAAUACAGACACAGAAUACAGACACAGACAUCUCUCCAGCUCCACACAGCCAUGGACGCCCUCACCUCACCCCCCCCACCCCCGCCGCCCCCCCAACAGACACCGACGCCAUCCCCCCCCCACCAUCCACCAUCCCACGCCCCCACCGCCCCCCGACGUGCCCCCCCCACCACCAAUCGACCUCGCGCCACCCCCUCCACCCCCAAAGACAGCCCCCAAAGCAGCCCCCUCCCGCGGACCCUCAGCAUCGAAGAGAUCCUCAAAAGAAGAAAGAGGCCGACGAGGCCGCGAAACGACCAAAAUUCCUGACAAAGGCCCAACGCGAGGCCCUCGCCCUCGAGAAGCGCCAGAAGGAGGUCGACGAGCAGCGGAAACGCGCCGCCGCCGCCGCACGACAGCCUGAGCCCACCAACCGCGACCGCGACCGCCGUGGUGCGCCACAGCAGCAGCAACAACAUCCUCAGAAUGGGUAUCGUGGCGGCGGCGGCGGCGGUGGAGGAGGCAGUGGGGGUGGGCCACCCACGGGGCCGAAAGCACUACGAGACCGCGAGCCGCCGACAGGGCCUGCCGCAAUGCGCGGGAACCGCAGCGGCGGUGGCGGUGGUGGGAAUAUGGGACCACCGCCGCCGCCAUCAGCAGGAGGGGCAGCGGGAGCAGGAGACAAGGACAAGAAGCGGAGCGUGGCCGAGCACGCCGAGGCGGCCGAGAUCCGGCGACGGUACAUGGGCGCGGACCCGGACAGCACGUCGUCGACCAAGAAGAAGCGGCGCAAGACGAGCGAGCGCAAGUUUACGUUUGAGUGGGGGGCCGAGGAGGACACGAGUCCCGACUACAACCCGCUGUAUGCGAACCGGGCCGAGGCGCACUUCUUUGGGCGGGGCCGGCUGGGCGGGUUUGCGGAAACGGAGGCGCCGACGCAGGGGUAUGCGAAGGCGCUUGAGGCGCGCGGCGAGGACGAGAAGCGGCGGGCGCGGGAGAUUAUGGAGAUGGAGAGGAGGAAGAGGGAGGGUGCAAACUGGGUGGAUAAGCAUUGGAGCGAGAAGCCGCUGGAGAUGAUGAAGGAGAGGGAUUGGAGGAUCUUUAAGGAGGACUUCAAUAUUGCGACGAGAGGCGGCGCAAUCCCAAACCCCAUGCGCUCAUGGUCCGAAUCCAACCUCCCCAAGCGCCUCCUCGAGAUCGUGUCGGACGUAGGCUACAAAGACCCCUCCGCCAUCCAACGUGCCGCCAUCCCCAUCGCGCUGCAAAACCGCGACCUCAUCGGUGUCGCCGUCACCGGGUCCGGUAAAACCGCCUCCUUCAUCCUCCCGCUCCUCGUGUACAUCUCCGAACUCCCCUCGCUCGACGACUUCACCAAGAACGACGGCCCCUACUCCAUCGUGCUCGCCCCCACGCGCGAACUCGCGCAACAAAUCGAGUCCGAAGCCAAAAAGUUCGCCACCCCGCUCGGCUUCACCUGCGUGUCCAUCGUCGGCGGCCACACCAUCGAAGAACAAGCCUACAACCUGCGCGACGGCGCCGAAAUCAUCAUCGCCACCCCAGGCCGCCUGGUCGACUGCCUCGAGCGGCGCCUCCUGGUGCUCUCGCAGUGCUGCUACGUCAUCAUGGACGAGGCCGACCGCAUGAUCGACAUGGGCUUCGAGGAGUCCGUCAACAAGAUCCUCGACGCCCUGCCCGUGCACAACAUCAAGCCCGACACCGAGGACGCCGAGAACCCCAUCCUCAUGUCCAAGCACCUCGGCGGCAAGGACCGCUUCAGACAGACAAUGAUGUACACCGCCACCAUGCCGCCCGCCAUCGAGCGCAUCGCGCGGAAGUACCUCCGCCGCCCCGCCAUCGUCACAAUCGGCAACGCCGGCGAGGCAGUCGACACCGUCGAGCAGCGCGUCGAGUUCAUCCCCGGCGAAGACCGCCGCAAGAAGCGUCUCUCGGAGAUCCUCUCUUCGCGAGAGUUCGCAGCGCCGAUUAUCGUCUUCGUCAACAUCAAGCGCAACUGCGACGCCGUCGCCAAGGACCUGAAGCACAUCGGCUGGCGCGCCGUCACGCUGCACGGGUCCAAGUCGCAGGACCAGCGAGAGCAGGCGCUGAUGCAGCUGCGCAGCAACCAGGCCGACGUGCUGGUCGCGACGGACCUGGCGGGGAGAGGUAUCGACGUGCCUGAUGUGUCGCUGGUGAUUAACUUUAAUAUGGCGACGAGCAUCGAGCAGUACACGCAUCGUAUUGGGCGCACGGGGCGUGCGGGGAAGAGCGGUGUUGCGAUUACGUUUCUGGGCGGCGAGGAUGCGGAGGUGCUGUAUGAGCUGAAGCAGAUGCUGAUGAAGAGUGCGAUUAGUAGGGUGCCGGAGGAGCUGAGGAAGCAUGAAGCAGCGCAGAGCAAGCCAACGCGCGGCGCGGGGAGGGGGAAGGCGUCGAGUCGCGGGGAAGACGGCGACGGCGGUGGUGGGUCUGGGGGCGGUGGUGGCGGUGGUGGCGGUGGUGGGGUGCUGCAGGUGCCGGUGGGGAGGUGGAAUUAG